AUGUCAGAAACACUCAUUUCAUAUACGUCGUACAACUCAUCUUCCAACAAAGCGACGAUUCUCCUUAUCCAUGGCGGCUUCUCCGAUGGCCAGGAGUGGGACGUUGUGUGGCCACUUCUCGUCGCCCAGGGCUACCAUGUACUAAUUCCCGACCUCCCUGCCCAUGGACGAUCGCUUGAGACCAAACCUCUAGAAAUCAACGACGCCGCUCGUCGUCUUGCAGAUCUGAUCGAAGCCCAAACGCAUGAGCGAAUAGCUCAUGUAGUCGCUAUGAGUAUUGGCGCGCAUAUCGCCGCUGCUAUGGCCGCGCAGUAUCCUGAGCGUAUCCAAACUUUGACCCUUUCUGGGUUUAACCUCUUUACGCAAAACCUUGUCUCUCCUAUAUUGCCAUACCUAGUCUACGCUGCGCAGCGGACUAGCGGAUUCGUACAAAAGCCGACUGUGGAAUGGGAGCGGUUCCAUAGCGGGAAAGGGUCUUUAUCUACAACGUGCGAUAUCUUCAGUAUACUGUUUUCAUCACGAGAUUUGCAGCCUAUCACAGCCCGGUCAUUGGUGGUAGCCGCAACGAGAGAAGGACUUGGCGCCGAUAAUGUUGACCAUUCUCGCCGACUGUUCGAGACGAUGUCCGACAACGGGAGUAGGCUGGUGCAGCACCGGGGAAUGCGUCAUCCGUGGAACGCGGAUGAACCACAGCUCUUUGCGGAUUUGGUGAUGAGCUGGAUCAUAGGCGGAGAUUUACCAGAUGGCUUCGAGCCGAUUACUUGA